AUGAGGGCUCUGGUAGUUUUGCCUCUGCUGUUGUGUGCAGUGGUGCAUGUGGACCAGGUGAGAGCGGAGGUGAAGGCAGUGAAGCUGUGCGGUCGAGAGUUCCUGAGGGCCGUCGUUUACACCUGCGGAGGCUCCCGCUGGAGGAGAUUCCUCAGUGAGUCAGACAUGGAUGGUUCACCCACAGGGGAGCAGAACAGUUUGGAAAGCCUGAGCAGCAGCAACUCUGACUCCCAGUUGACCAAACGGGAUAUUAAUAACAUACUGACGACCGUGUGCUGCCAGGUGGGAUGCAGGAAGAGCGACCUCACCUUCCUCUGCUGAGGCCAACUUUCUCUCUUAUUCUCCAAGUGGCCAAAUUAAUCUGUUCUCUGAAAUGUUGCCUUAGUAGAAUCUGUCUAAAAACAACAUGAUCACUAUAUAGUAUGCACAGUAAUGCUCAUAUCCUCAAUUGCUGUUUUUCUAAUUGUUUUAGAUAUUUUUGUGAGUUAUUACUUUAACUUGUUUGUUUGUAGAUGUAAAUGUGGACCACUUGAGCAUUUGUGAACAUGUUUCUGAACCUGAACUGGAAGAUAUAGUAUAU